ACGGGAAGCACAAAUCUAGAAUGAGGCCCGAAUAGGGCCUUACGUAUAUAUAUGCGUAGUCGGCCACCACUUCCCCGAAACUCAAUUCAACGCAUUGAAAAUUGAAACAUCAAGAAUCUGAUACCCCCUUUUCAUGCUUCCAUUUUUGAAGAUUCUUUUUAGAAAGUAAGACUUCUUGAAACCCCCAGAAAGAGAUUAAAGAAAGAAGAAAUGGCACAGCCGAGUAAAGAGCCAUGUAAGAAACAGGCUUGUGAUAUUCAGGCUUGUCUUUCCAAGAACAAUUUCCUUUCUCAAAGGUGUGUAAAGGUCAUCGAAGCAUUGAAAUAUUGUUGUGAGCAAUGUGAAUACAAGUCAACACAUUGUGCUUCUGUAUCUGGUCUGCUAAAGCAAAUACAGAAAAAAUAGAGUUUAAUGGCUUCACUUGGCAGAAGACCUCGGAUCUUGGUUAUUCUCUGUAGCAGCACAGGAGCCAAAGUGAGUUGCAUUUCAGAAGAUCUGAGAACAGAACAUCUUGUUAUUUUGGAAGUUUUUAAUGCAAUCAAGAAAGUUGGAUCGUUGCUUGAAGUGAUCAUAUCAGAUAUUCAUUUUGUUCAUGGAUAUGUAAAUCCAAUAGAAAUCCGAUUUUAGAAGUUGUUAAUGGCAUAUGGAUGUAUUUCGGUAAUAUGUCAUAGGGAUCAUGGCAUGGAACCUCAAUAUGUCAUAAGUCUGAAUAUUUAAUUAAUUUCAUUAGCAAAUAAAUACUUGUGUUAUAGGCAAGCUAAACUCGGUUAGACUGUAUUGUCUCAUUUUAACCAGCUUGUAUUGACAAAUGGAACAAGAAGGCUCGUCUUGGGUAUCA